GGUUAUUGAGUACGUGCAGCCGUCACUCAUCACGUAGAGCUGCUUAUUCCACCCCUGCUCCGAUUUGGCUCCGCCUCCCGUCUAGUGCUGUAUGACAGGGAGCGCGUGGACAUCCUCUGACUUGGCAGCGUAGCAGCGUACAACUUUAAAUGUGUUUUUGCAUAUGUUGGUAAAAUGUUUGCUCUCAAAAGCAGAAUAUACUGCAGUCUGAAAUUUGCGAAAUUUUGCCAAAGCAGGAAUUUUAGAGUGGGAAAAGCAACUUUGGACAGUGUCAACCUGAAGGGUCGCAGCUUUCUAACACUUAAAGACUAUAAUGCAGAAGAAAUCAAACAUAUCCUGUGGGUUUCUGCUGACUUAAAACAUCGAAUAAAACACAGAGGAGAGCAUCUUCCAUUACUUCAAGGCAAAUCUAUUGCCAUGAUAUUUGAGAAGAGGAGCACUAGGACCCGCAUGUCCACUGAAACAGGAUUCUCUCUGUUGGGUGGUCAUCCAUGUUUCCUCACGCCUCAGGAUAUUCAUCUAGGGGUCAAUGAAUGCACCACAGACACGGCCAGGGUUCUUUCAGGUUUGGCAGACAUCGUACUGGCUCGGGUGUAUAAUCACUCAUCUCUGGAGCACCUGGAUAAAGACACUUCUAUACCAGUCAUCAAUGGUCUCUCUAACCUUUACCACCCUAUACAGAUUCUGGCUGACCUGCUAACACUACAGGAGCACUAUGGCUCAUUAAAAGGCCGUACAUUGACUUGGAUAGGAGAUGGAAACAACGUUCUUCACUCCUUCAUGAUGUCAUUGGCUAAACUAGGUGUCAGUCUAAAAGUGGCCACACCCAAGGGUUAUGAGCCAGAUGCUACUGUCACUGAAGAGGCUCAGCGUCUGUCGAAGCAGUUUGGUACCAGACUGCAGUUUGUGUCAGAUCCAGUGGAGGCAGCGCGGGACAGCAGUGUUCUGGUGACUGACACCUGGGUGAGCAUGGGACAAGAGGAGGAGAAGAAGAAGAGGCUGAAAGACUUCAGUGGCUACCAGAUCACCAUGCAGACAGGAAGUGGAGCUGCACCUGACUGGACAUUUCUGCAUUGUCUUCCACGUAAACCAGAGGAAGUGGACGAUGAAGUUUUCUACUCGCCUCGUUCACUUGUGUUCCAAGAGGCCGAGAACCGAAAGUGGACCAUUAUGGGUUUAAUGGUGUGCAUCCUCACAGACUAUAGGCCACAAAUUCCCAAACUCAAGUUGUAAAGAAUAGGGGGAAAUAAAUCCUAACAACAAAGUACGGUAAUAUAUACAUCUGUUUUUGUCAAAUAAAAUGAGUAACUAACA